AUGAUUAUAUUUCGUGCAAUCGCUGGUAUAGGUGGCGGUGGUAUUAUGAGUUUAGUAAUGAUUAUUAUAUCGGAUAUCGUUCCACUCGAAGAUCGUGGUAAAUACCAAGGAAUUAUCGGUGCAAUAUUUGGAAUUGCUUCACUUGUCGGUCCUCUCUUGGGUGGUGCUUUUACUGAUCACGUAACUUGGAGAUGGUGCUUCUUUAUUAAUUUGCCAUUUGGAGUUAUCACAGCAGCCGUCGUCAUUAAAUAUCUCAAUCUUUCAAAACCGCAAGGUUCAUUAGUCAGCAAAGCUAAGCGUCUCGAUUGGUGGGGAACUCUGGUUGUCAUUACCGCUACUGUUGCUUUACUUUUGCCACUAAACUGGGGUGGAGAUAAAUAUGAAUGGAAGAGUCCAAUUAUUAUCGUAUUACUUGUAGUCGGUGCUCUCUUAUUUGUUCUUUUUGGAUAUGUGGAAGGUUGGAUUGCUAUCGAGCCAGUUGCCCCUGGUCGCCUCUUUAAGGAUCGUGCUCUUCUUGCAUCUUUUAGCGUAAACUUUUUCCAAGGCAUGGCAUUUUUUGCAAUGGUGUACUAUGUACCACUUUACUUUCAAGUCGUAAAAGGUGAAUCAGCCACAAACUCUGGAUUGGAAUUAAUGCCAUUUAUUUUGGGUGUUGUGGUAUCGUCAAUUGCCACGGGACAAACGAUCUCACGAAAAGCUAAUAUCCGUAAACAAUUUUUUGCGAUUCUUGGCGCAACAUUGAUUACUGUUGGUGCUGGACUCACGAGUCUCUUGGACGAACAUUCUAAUCGUGGAAAACAGAUUGGAUUUCUUUUGAUUCCAGGGCUUGGCGUUGGUCUUAUUAUGCAAACAACAUUGUUGUUCUGCCAUGCUGCAGUUGAGUAUAAAGAUGUCGCUGCUGUCACCUCAAUGCUAAACUUUUUCCGAUCAAUCGGCGCAGUAUUUGGCGUAGCAAUUGUUGGAACAAUCUUCAACAACGACCUUAGCAAUAGGAUCGAAGCUUUAAGUCUUGGUAUCAGCGCAGAAGCCAUAAAAAGUUCCUCGACAUACGUCAAAAGUUUGCCACCGAAUUUACGAGAGUCCGUAAUUCAUGCAUACGUCGAAGCACUACAAGUCUCUUAUCGUGUCAUAAUACCUUUCGGAGUUUUAUGUUUUUUAAGUGCGUUACUUAUUGGCAAGAAUAAAACAAAAUAUCAGCAGUCGGGAACGAGAAUGAUAGCUUUUGAAUGA